AUGAACGAUCAAAAAAAUUACCUAUUAACUUUUAUAACAGCAAGCACGACUUGCUUACGUUCAGUAUCUUCUGUCUCAAGGUUAGUACAUUUGUUUUUCUAGAUUUAUUUAAAAAAAGGUUAAAAUUAGGUUUAUCCAUAAAUGAAACGCAGUUUCUUUUAGUUUUGUCUAAAUUGAAAUUCGCAUUAUUUUUAUACUUGGUUAUUAUAAUCUUUUGUGAUUGAAUUGUUCGAUUUUUUGUUUCAUACAUAAUAUAUAUAACUACUGAAUAACUAUAUAGUAUAUAUAAUUUUUUUAGUUGGUAGGUACGUAAUUAAUUAUCAAAAAAACAUAAACUUUUUUAAAUAUUUGUUCAAUUCUGUUUUAACAUUAAUAUAUCAAUAGGUCUCCUAUGCACUAUUAUUAUUAUUGCAUUAUUUAGCAUAAAUUUUCAACAGUUAAGUAACAGUUUGCCUCCUCCCUACCCAAAGGUGCACAGUUAUGCAGUCGUGUUUUAGAAUGAUGUCUGAAAACAAUAUAAGACGAUUAGUUUACGUGUUAGCCAAUAGGGCCUACUCCAGAAAAUCCCGAAGGAAUAAAGAAAUUACCGGGAAAGAAUUAUUAGAACAGGAAGACGAACUCGUUAUGGUAAGUAAACAUAAAGUACUACUAUUUUUAUUAUUUUACAUAGAUAUAUGUUUUUAUAUUAAAAGUCAUAUGCACUGGUAAGUACUUACAUAAAUUAAAUAUGAUAUUAAUUUUCUAAUUAAAUCAAUGGAUGAAACGAAUAAAACAAAAUGAUAUUAAAUACAUUUAAAAAAAGUCUUCAUUUAUUUAUUAUUAUAUACAGAAAAUCGAAGAUUCUGAAUUCCGAACAAAUCCUAAUUGGCAAUUACUACCUAAGAAUAAAGAUAGCCAGUUCAAAUUACCAAACAACGUGGGUAUUGCACCUGAGGUUAGUCAUUUUAUUUUUUAAUAAUAAAUUAUUUUUAAAAAUAAUAAAAACAUAUUAUUUAAAGGUACAAAUAAAAAUGUAGGUAUUAUGUAAACCAUGAACUUUUUUUUCUUAUUUUAAUUCUAAACUGUAUUCAAUUGUUUAUGCACCUAACACAAAAUAACAGUUAUUAUUUUUCUUUGAUUAUACAUUUAUUAUUUUACAUAGCAGAUUUUUUGUAAAUUCCAAACAAUGAUGUUUUAAAAUAAUGUUUUAUUUCAACCUUCUACUAUGCAUGAGAUUUCUGAAUUACCAAUUACGUUCACAGGGUAAAUUGUCAGAUUUCAUUUUUUAGCAUAAAAUAAAAUGUAUAUAGUUAUAUAUUUAAAUUUGUAUUCGUUUCUUUUAUCAUACAAUGUUUGUAUACUGUAGUUAGGAAACUACAUGAAAGUAUAGUGUUUGACUAAUAAAUAUAAGAAUAAUAUUGUGAUACUAUGUGGCAAUUAUUUAUCCCGGUAGUUGAAGGUUAAUUGAGUAUUAUGCGAGAGGCAUUUGUAUAUUAUGAAUUGGUUUAAUUGUGCAUAAUUAAUUAUCCGUUAUAUUUUUUUUUCAGGAUUGUAUUAUUACUACUCGGCUAAAUUAUUUUACUCAAGACUGUCCAGUUUUAUUGAAAUCAGGUAUAUCUAUUAUAUAUUUUUUUUUUCUAUUAUUUAUUUAUGCGCUAUUUUAUUUUUAUUUUACUAGAAAUUACAGAGCGAUUCAAUGUACCUCAUUUGAAAAUGUUCAAUUUAUGUAUGAUUACUAUCAGUUUAAAGCAAACAUCUAAUACCGAUUUAUCAAAUUUAACAAGACAAGUAAAUAUGAAUAUGUUUAUAUUUAUUUUUAUAAACAGUGAGUUAAAAAAUAGAAUUAAAAAUAUAUAAGUUUCAAUAGUAAUAGUAAUAUGCAAAAUGUUCAUGGAUUUGUAGUCAUCAAAAUUUGAACUUCAACCAUUCAUAUCUUCCUUGUGUCAAUCAACAAAUUAUAUUCCUUUUUGGAGCCAUUAGUUAUUCAGUUUAUAGUUAACCAUUUAUAUAAAAAAAAGUGAUUAUGAAUCUUCAAUACUUUUAUAUUGUCUAUAUAACAACUUAUGUAUUUAAACCUUGUAUCAAAGAGUUGAGCAUACAUAUAAAGAUAUAACAAAUGUAAUUUUCAUAAAAAAAAAAAUCAACAUAUUUCAAAAAUUAUAUAAAUUCUAGGAAAUGUUGAUAUUAAUGCUAGUAUGUUAAUAUUCAGUAUACAUUUCAGAUCUCUAAAAUUAUUUUUCACUAAAAUAUUGAAUAAUCUGUUAUUUAGUAAAUAUUCUUGUUUUUCUAAUGUUGAAGUUUCUUUUAUUAAGACAAGUAUAAUAAAAUAAAGAAAAUUAUCUCACCAGUGCACCAAUUAGAUAAAAAUGUCUACCCCUGAAUUUGAUAAUUAGAGCGAGUUUUCUGUUCAAAAUAUAGUACAGACUGAAAAAGAAUUUAUUGGCAUAAAAAUAUCAAAUUAAUUUUAAUCUAAUGUAAUUUUAUUUUACUUUUUAGUAUCUACAUGCUGCUUUUGGUAUUAGCGAUCGUUUGCAAAAUUCUGGAUAUUGGGCUGAUUUUAUACAUCCUUAUACUGGACUUCCAGCAUUAAAUCCAGGACUGAAUGUUGAUUUUUCUACUCUAGAAUUACCAUACAAACAUACUAUUUAUCAAGUCAACACACGGCGGAAGUGCAAAGUUAUUGUCGAAAAAAUUUCUUCAAAUACUGUUGGUAAAUGCUCAGCAAAAUUAUUAUAAAUCAUACAAAUUUAAACAAAGUUAUAUAGAUAUCAAUUUUGUAUGUGUAAUUAAAAUUAAUUAAAUAGAUUUUUUUUUCAUUCUAUUCUCCAAUAAAUACAAAGCAAUCUAUUUUAUUGUUUCAAGAAACUAUUCAAAGUCAAUAUUUAAUUGUUCUAUACAUUUACAAAGUAAUUACAGUGAUAUAUGAUAAGGUUUCCAUAUUAGAUUUAUAAAUAUGACUCGUUUAUUAGAUGUUGACUGUUGUUGUUCUAACAACUAUUAAAAUGCAUUUUAAAAAAGGUAAUUUACACACAAAACUGGUUUCAUGUGGCAACUUUAUAUAUUUGUAAUUGGAAAAAAAAAAUUGGUAUGCUAGCCAAUUUUUUACAGAGAGUUUUCAUGAUCAUUUGAGAGUGGAACUAAAAUUUUUAAUUUAUAUACUUUUUUCAAAAUGAUUUGCUCUUGUAUUCGAUAUUUGUUUUGAUGAGUUUAAACUAAUCAGAAAUUCAAAACCAUAUUUAUGUGUUUAUUUUUCGAUACAUUACUAUACUAUAUAAUAAAUUUGUUAAAUUUUUACUUAACACAUAUAAAAAAAAAAUACAUAUAUUAUUAUAAUUAUAGGUAUAGCUUUAUUUAUCCAGAAUCUAAACAAAUUAUUUAUAAAUACCAUUUCUUCUUCAAAACAGCUUAAUGGUUUAUUCAGGAGCUAUGUUGUCACUAAUUGGAUUCCCCUUAUUUUUUAAUCCAUUGCCCAGUUUAUUGUUGUAUUUCUGUUUACCAGUCAUAUAUCCUUCUCUAAUGCAUUUUUUCAUUAUGUCCUUAAUUUACCAAGUAGUUUUAUUUUAUUUAUUAAUUCUGUUAUAACAUUCUUUAAUACAUUCCUAUUUACUCUUCAUACAUAUUUUAACUAAUCUGAUAAUUUAUGUUUUGUAUAUUUGAAAAUUUAUAUACCUAUGGUUGAUUUUACAUACAGGUGAUACAGGCCCUCAUUUUGCAAUUUUUUAUACUCCUAGGGUACUAAUGAAUACUGGGCUAAAUAUGUUUCUAAAGAUUUUUAGAUUCUGAGGGGAGCUAGGAAUGUAUUAGUUUUACAAUGACAUUUAUUUUUGAAAACAAUUUUCUACUGGAAAUUUUGCUCUGAUUAUCAAGUAUAGCACUUUUUCUGAAAGGAAGUCUGUCUAGGAUGGUACUUUAAGGAAAUCAUUUUUUUGAUUUUACCACGAGUUUUCAUAAUAAAUGGGGAAAACAUAUAAAAUGUAUUAUUUUAAAAUCAUAAAUAUUAUGGCUUUUUAAAACAUGUAUAAUUGAACGCCGCUCAGAAUCGUUUUUCAUUGGCAACGAGUAAUCGCUAAGUACAGAUAUACAUUAAAUUUCCACUCUACUUUCCCAACUUCUCACUUUUAUCAGUGACCCAUUCAUUGCGCGAAGUAUGUCCAUUUUUUUUUUAUUCCUAUACUUCAUAUUCUUUUGUUGUUUACCUAGUAUACACAUUAAUCUAAGCUAACUUAUGUAUAAAUUAGUUGCCAUAAAUAUCUUUCAUUAAAUGCAAUAAUUAAUUGUUUUUUUUUCUUACAAAUUUAUUCCAGGUAAUAUAUUUACUAAUGCACUGCCAUCAAAAACUGAUGUUAUAGAAGAUAUAUUGGAUGAAGUUAGUGAUUUACACUGUAACAUUUAUGAUUAA